AUGGAUAAACGCGUCACAAGACCCGCCCGAAUAGACUUGACCCUUCUUCAACGGCCAGUGUGCAUUCCCAGCUUCAAUACGCCGGUGGAAGUGUCGACUUGGCGGAAAAACGGUGCCCUCCGCGAACCAAUUCGGCUUCUUCGCGUCCACCACGGCAAUAUCAAAGUAUUCCGCCCAUUGAGGGCCGAGAAGAUAGGUCAUCACCAGAGAUUGCCACGGCUCCGGAGCCGGCUCUUGGCUCCGGCUCUGAGCGGCUCCGGCUCCGAGCCGGGAGCCAGAGCCGGAGCCGGAAAUUUUGGGGUCGGCUCCGGCUCCCGAGCUCAAAGUCGGAGCCAGGCUUCCCAACGGUCAGAAAAGUAA